UCCGGGAGCUAUGUGCGACUGAAGAGGAUUGAACGCGGAUAAAAGUGGGUUUAAAGGUUAGAAAUCGAACUGGCGUCACGCGACAUCAAAUAUAUUCGUCGGUAAGUUCCGUCAGGACUUCUCUAAUCGACGCGGUAGAGCAUAACAGCCCUUCGAAAAACUUAUUGCCUGAAAGAAAAUGGAUACCAACAUGCACAGGCUGCUCGUCGGACUGUCGGUGCAGAUCUCACGCAGCGACGGGCGCGUCCACGCUGCCACCAUCAAGACGACCGACAAGCACAAAUCCACUGUGAUGGUCGAGUGGCAGAAGGGAAGCGUGUUCCAGAUGAAGGAGAUUGAACUCGGUGAUAUAUUUGCACUGAAUCCAGAUCUUUUGCCUGCUCUGAAUGCUGUUGUUGAUGAAAAACCCCUCCCUCCUCCAGAGAAGAAGUACGACUCUCGACUGCGCUCAUCUCGCAUUCCUACUCCAGCCUUAUAUGUCCCUCGAACUCGGGCGCGUCAGACCUGCUUGUUUGACGCUUCAGCCAAAGAUAUUUCUGUGUCGCAACAGGCAGUGAUCCAGCCUGAUCUCCCUCCACCAUCUGUGCUCUCAAACUCGGAUAUUCCCAAUCAGCAGUCUAGGAGGAACAAUGCCAAACCACCGCAGGUGCUGCCUUUGGUUUGUGAGCCUGCAGAUGAAAAUGAAGAACCAGAGAGAAUGCCUGCUCCACCUUUACCCAAGACAGCCAGAAGGAAAUCCAUGGCUCACCCAGAAGUCGGCAAGAGCAACAAACGGAUGUCCUCGGUGAUGAAGCCUCCUGAAUUCCAGGCCAAGAAGAACAAGUUGGGAGAGGCCUCUCAACCAAACAACAAGUUCUAUGAGAUGAUUCAGGAGUUCAGGGAGACCUUGGAGAUAAACCCGCUGUCUGCUGCUGACUUGGUUGAGCCCCACAGGAUUUGUGUGUGUGUCCGCAAGCGUCCCCUCAAUAAGCAAGAGAUCGCUAAGAAGGAGAUCGACGUCGUGUCUGUCACCGGAGGGGGUGAGCUGCUGGUGCACGAGCCAAAACAGAAGGUGGACCUCACCAAAUACCUGGACAACCAGCUCUUCCGAUUCGACUACUCGUUCGAUGAAACGUCCACCAACGACCUGGUCUACAGAUUCACUGCCAAGCCGCUGGUGCAAUCCAUUUUUGAAGGCGGUAUGGCGACAUGCUUUGCGUACGGCCAGACGGGAAGUGGCAAAACUCACACCAUGGGAGGUGACUUUCAUGGGCGGCAGCAAAACACUAACAGUGGAAUCUAUGCUUUGGCUGCCAAGGAUGUGUUCACCCAUCAGAGCCACAGGAGAUACGCUCAUCUGGAUGUGUCGGUUUACGUGAGCUUCUUCGAAAUCUACAACGGCAAAGUGUUCGACCUCUUGAAUAAGAAAUCGAAGCUCCGCGUUCUGGAAGACGAUCGCCAGCAGGUUCAGGUGGUGGGCCUGAAGGAGGUGUGCGUGGAGAACGCGGAGGACGUGGUCAGAAUAGUCCAGGCCGGCAGCGCUUGCAGAACGUCGAGCCAAACCCUGGCCAACGCGAACUCCUCCCGCUCUCACGCCAUCCUCCAGAUCGUGCUGCGUUGCAACGACCGCGCCUCCACGCUGCACGGGAAGUUCUCACUGGUGGAUCUGGCGGGCAACGAGCGAGGGACGAACGUUGGCAACGACCGCAACACCCUGGUGGAGACCUGCGAGAUAAACCGAAGUCUCCUGGCUCUCAAGGAGUGCAUCCGUUCUCUGGGGAUGAACAGUGAACACAUCCCGUUCAGGAUGAGCACGUUGACCAAAGUCCUCCGGGAUUCCUUCAUCGGAGAGAACUCCAAGACCUGCAUGAUCGCGAUGGUGGCCCCAGGCAUGGCUUCCUGUGAAUACACAAUGAAUACAUUACGUUAUGCCGACAGGGUGAAGGAACUAAAAUGUGGCGCCAAAGCGCGUGCAGUGGCCAAGUCCCAGGAGCCCGUUGUCAGCUCUUCGGAUGAGGAAUCUAUGGACACCAGCGUUUAUGACGCCGUCACACAGGUGGCUGAGCUGGAGGAGAAGGUUUAUGGUGAACUCAAGAGGGGAAGUGAAUUCAUCAAAGCCAUGGACCGUACAUCGUACAACAUCGAGACGGGGCUCCCUGACCUGCUGGAAUAUUCACAGAAGUUGCUGGAUGCUGUUCAGUGCUUGCAGGCUGCCAUUGAACAGGAACAAGACGCCAGGACCAAAUAAACCAAGAUCAACCAAGACUCAAUCAAGUCUCAGCUCUUGCCCUUAGAUUUUUGGUUUUCAUUGGCCUCCCUCAGAUUCUCAUUAAAAUCAGAUGUUUUUUAACAUGUUAAGUUUCACUGUUUUGUUUGUGUAUUAAUUGUAUUAAAGUUUGAAUGUUCA